AUGAGCUUCAAGGGCUUCCAGAAGAGCAUCGUGCGUGCCCCGCAGCAGAUCAAGGCCAAAUUCAACAUUGGUGAACACACCAAGGAUGCCGUCUACACCGAUGCCGAGCGUCGCUUUGACGAGCUCGAGAGGGAGACCAAGAAGCUGCACGAUGAAUCCAAGAAAUACUUUGACGCGAUCAAUGGUAUGCUCAGCCAUCAGAUCGAAUUCUCAAAAGCAAUCGCCGAACUCUACAAACCCAUCUCCGGUCGUGCAUCCGACCCCGAAUCGUUCAAGUUUGAAGGCAAUCCCGAGGGGAUUCAGGCCUGUGAAGAUUACGAAGCCAUUGUACGAGAGUUGCAAGAGUCCCUUGCGCCGGAGCUGGAGAUGAUCGAAAGUCGCAUCAUCAGCCCAGCCGAUCAGCUCUUGGAGGUGAUCAAGGUGAUCCGCAAGGUCGCCGUCAAGCGCGACCACAAACAACUCGACUACGAUCGCCAUCGCGCCAGCUUGAAAAAGCUGCAGGACAAGAAGGACAAGUCGCUCAAGGAUGAGAAAGCGUUGUAUAAAGCGGAGAAUGACGUCGAGCAGGCCACGCAGGAAUUCAACUACUACAACGACCUGCUCAAGGACGAGUUGCCCCGCUUGUUCCAGCUGGAGGCCGAGUUCAUCCGUCCGCUGUUUCAAUCGUUCUACUACAUGCAACUGAACGUGUUCUACACGUUGCACGAGAAGAUGCAGGGCAUGAAUAUCAGCUAUUUCAACCUGGCGAUGGACGUGGAAGAAGCCUUUGAGCAGAAGCGCGGCGAUGUGCAAGAACGCGCCGAAGCGCUGCUGAUUGUGCAUUUCAAGACGAAGGGCUUGGGUCGUACAAAUUCGAAAUUGAACUCGCUCAAGGCUACCGAGGCCAAGGGUGGCCGUGGGCGUGCCUCCUCGCUUUCGUCUGAGAAUCCUCCCCCGCCCUACUCUGCGGCUGCAUCGCCGAGCCCCACCGCCGGCACUUUCUCCGCGGCCGCCAAGGCAAAGCCCGCUCCGCCACCUCCUCGGGCGAAACCAGCGCAUCUCAGCAAGCCGGUCGAGACCGUUGUCGCGCUUUACGACUAUGAGGCACAAGCGCACGGUGAUUUAGGCUUCUCGGCGGGUGACGUGAUCGAGAUUGUGACUCGAACCGAUAAUCAGAAUGAGUGGUGGACGGGACGGGUCGACGGUCGUGAAGGUCAAUUCCCUGCCAACUACGUCAAGUUCCAAUAG